AGUUUUUUUUAUUGUAAAAAAAAAAAAAUUAAAGAAGAAAAGAGGUGUGAAUAUACACGCGCGUCGAAUGAACGCGCCGUCGGCUAACAGCAGCCGAGGACUCAACCAUACUUGUCAUUAAAUUUUUGUUUGGUUCCCUUACCAUUAAUAUCCAAUCUCCAUCCUAAAAAAGCUUAUCUAGUUUAUAUAUAUAUAUUUCAAAAUUAGGCUAAAACAAGAGAGCUCACAUCUGGAUUCUUUUUCUUUUCUUGUUCUUUACAAAAAUCAAGAAGAUGGAGUCAUCAUCGACGUUGCUCAGAGGCUUAAACCAGAGAAAGUCUCCCACGAGGAAACCACCGAAGCAAAAGAGGAAAUCAACGACCACGAACAAUACCAAACCCAUCAAAGUCCGCUACAUAUCGAACCCGAUGAGAGUUGAAACUUGCGCUUCUAAGUUCAGAGAGCUCGUUCAAGAACUCACCGGCCAAAACGCCGUCGAUUUACCUCCGGAGCCCACUACUUUCGCCGCCGCAGAUCCUCACCAGGAGGAGAUGAAUCCUGAGCCGUUGGAUGAAGAAGGUAUCCGUGAGUAUUACUCACCGAUGGAUGAUGAAGUGUUUAAUGCUCCUCAAAUGUCGGCAGGUCUGUCUGCGUUUUUAUCGUCUGGUUUUUACAAUCUGAAUGCUUUAGAAAGCUUUGGUUCUGUCUGAAAAUCUUACUAUAUUUACCGAUCAGAAGAAGAAAUCAUCUUUCUAGUUUUAGGGUUUCCUUGAUACCAAUAUAUGGAUACAUAUGUAAUUCUGUUUUUUUUUUCGUUUCUUUUUUUUGUGGCGAAUUGUGUUGCGUUUGUGAGUAAAUAUUUGCAGAAAUAAAUAUUUUUUUUGAUUUAAA